GAAGCUGAAAAACGCAGGACAUUGUUUACAUUGGAGAUAACCUGCUAUGCAGCGAAUAAUGAAAGAGAAUUGUCAUUCAUUGCUUACUUGCAGAAAACAAGAAACAGUGAUGUGAAAAAGCAAUUAUUGUGGAUUAAUUAAAUUCAAGUUAUAUCAUCACUAAGACCACACACUCACAAAGUAAUAUGGAUGAUAAAGAGAAAAUGCAAGGGGAAUCUUUACCCUCGGAAGAAGGUCAACACUCAAAAGUUCGAAGUUUGAUCCGCCCACAUUCUUCUAAAGGCAAAAAAUCACCCGGCAGCCCAAGUGCUUCCAGUACCCCAGAGCCGCCCAUUGGUCGAAUCAGACGUCCAUGGUCAGCUCACCCCAAAACCAGAGCGGAUGUCUCAAAGAAGAAACUAGUCCGAGAAAAUUUAAAGAAAUCUCACAUGAGACCACCAAACAGACGACAGAAGUCGAAGGAAAAUGACCUCCAAAAUGAGGAGAAAGAUGCAAAUGGUACUCAAGUUAUUGGACUGGAAUGUCCAGCAUUGGAUUAUAAACCACAAAGAUACAAAGACCAAAUGGUGGACCAUGAAGGACAAGAUGAAAAGGACUUGUUAGACUAUGGAGUCACCACUUUAGUCUCAGAGUCAUCUGGACGAUCCCCAUCCCCUGACCAUAGCUGGGCGAUGACUCAGGUCAAGAGAGAUAUGUCAAAGUCAAAGAAACAGCACCCAACAUUUGAAUCAUGGACCAUGAUGUCACCUCAUGAUUCAGAAGAGUACGACACAGACCUGGAGAAAGAUAUGAUCAAAAAAAUAGAAAAACCAAUAGACCCCACAGGGAAAACAACUUACCUAGAUCAAUGUCAAAGAGACGGUUUGAUUCCCGUCUCAUAUCUUUCUCGUCAUCUUGGCGACAGAAAUCUACGCAUGCGCCAUCACUAUCUAGGAGGGACUGCUACAAAACCAGUAGCAAGAGCCCUCGAGUUCAACACAGUGACAGAGAAUCUAGACCUCGGGGACAAUUACUUGGAGGGAGACGGCGCAGUUUACCUCUGUCGAAUGUUAAAGGAUAAUAUGUUUAUUGUGUCGCUGGACAUUUCUAAUAAUUUUAUCCAAUCAAAAGGAGCAAAAGCUGUGGCGAGCAUGUUGGACGUCAACACAACGUUAAAAACUCUCUCAUUAUCUGGUAACCAGCUGUGUGACAGGGACGCGGGGUAUUUUACCGAGGCUCUGAAGAGCAACACCUCUCUGACGUCACUGGACCUCAGCAACAACGAGUUCGGGGAAGCAGGCGGGGUGUAUAUUGCCCAAGCACUGGUCAGCAAUGAAAGCAUUACAGACCUAGAUCUCAGCUGGAACUCAAUACGCAACAGAGGAGCUGAGGCCAUCGGUAAAGCUCUCGCUAACAACCAGGUUUUGGAAGUAUUAGAUGUGUCGUGGAAUGGAUUUGGAUUGCCUGGAUGUCGGGGUUUACAGCUUGGCCUUCGUGUUAACUCCAAACUACGCGUUCUUGAUAUCAGCAACAAUAGAAUCAACAAAAACUGUGCAAAGGAAUUAUCUUUAGGUCUGAGCAAGAACUUCGGCUUAGAAACACUGUUGAUGAACUUGAAUGCAUUGACAGAUGAAGGUAUAGAAAUUAUAUUGAAAGCUGUGAAUCAGAGCCAAACUCUUUCUUAUAUCUCACUACAGGAGAUGAACAUUAACAUGAACAAUUACAAAAAAAUCCAACAAAUGGAAAAUGAAAACGAUAUGACAAUACUUCAUGGAGGUUUAGGGGGCGCCCAGCGAUAUACGCCCCAAACAAGCGUUUUAAAGGUACUUUCUAAGUUCUUGAAAGAGCAUAGGAUAGACCUGGAGGGGGCGUUACGGCAACAGGACAAGGACCACAGUGGGACGUUACAACAGGAGGAAAUCAAGUUAGCCUUCAAAGAGGCGGGACUAAGGCUUACAAAUCGACAAAUGGAUGUCUUGGUGGAGGAAAUCGAUGUUACACAUUCUGGAUCCAUAAAAUGGGAAGACAUACUAAAUGGUAGAGUGCUAAUGGAAUAUAAUAGACGUAAGUCUUCAGUGGCUUACAAACUGGCAGAAGUGGACCAGGAGACUUUAUUCAGCAACAUGAAGAAAAGACAACUCACAGUUAUAUAACGAAUUCAUCCCAAUUCAAAAAGAAAAAACAUGCCAGUACGCCUAAUUAAUAUUGCUAUGCAAUGCGGUAGUUUUUUAUUCACUGAUUUUUCUUAAGUCAUUGGGAAUGUCUUUUGAGAAAGGGAAUGUAAUUUCUUCACUUUUCUCUUUCACAAUUUGUGAUUGUUUUGUUGCGCUUAUUUUAAAUGUACUGAUAUUGAAACUUAAUUGUCAUGAAAUAUCUAAUAAUAACUGCAUUUUUUACUUAAUAUUUAA